AUGGCUUCCAUAGGAAAUCUCCAGAAAUUCUUGCUGAGUGAUAAUCCUCGUACUUGUUCUAAACCCUCGACCCGAACAGCGCAAAGUCGUGUAUUUGAGCCAUUGCCCGUCUCAAGAAGGUCCGUCAUUCUCAUCUCUGUUGUUCCCUUAAGCCUUGCUGCACUUCCUCAGACAUUGCUAGCUAGAGAGAGGCGCAACAGGAAAAUUAUCCCACUUGAAGAUUAUCUCACCAGCCCUGAUGGGCUGAAAUAUUAUGAUCUUGUCGAAGGAAAGGGUCCAGUUGCUGAAAAAGGAUCAACAGUGCAGGUUCAUUUUGACUGUAUAUAUCGAGGCAUUACGGCUGUGUCAAGUCGGGAAUCUAAGCUACUGGCUGGAAAUAGAAUCAUUGCCCAGCCUUACGAGUUUCAAGUUGGAGCCGUGCCAGGAAAAGAGCGAAAGCGUGACUUCGUCGACAAUCCAAAUGGUUUAUUCUCUGCACAGGCUGCACCAAAGCCUCCAAACGCUAUGUACACAAUAACUGAGGGGAUGAAAGUUGGUGGAAAGAGGACAGUGAUUAUUCCUCCGGAGGCUGGUUAUGGCCCGAAAGGAAUGAAUGAAAUACCGCCAGGGUCCGAAUUUGAGCUAAACAUAGAACUUUUGCAAGUGGUGCCUCCUAAUGGAAAGUGA